AUGUCCAACAGCUACGAAGAAAAGGAAGCCGCAAGACCAGACAGUAUCCGUGACUAUGAUGGUCGGAAUAACGCUGCCUGGAUGUACAGUUUUGGCGCCGCCAUGGUCCCCUUCACCGCCUUUUGCUAUGGUCACUCGCGAGGAGCCACGGGACGGGUCGUCGAAGCAGUCGUCCGAUCUCCUGUGGGAGUGUACGGAUUGUUUGCCCUGCCAUUCGUGACAUUGGCCAUGGAAAAGAGUAUUUAUGACACCGUCCAAGCAUGGCAGGGGAUGGACCCAAAUAUCAGACCCAAAGAACGCGGAGGAUUUCCCAGUGGAGGAGCCGAUUUGCCAUCCUUUAGUCUCAUUCCCGUCCAAAAGGCGGCCUGGGAACAAAAGUCAGAAGUCACUACAGCCGCUGAUCUGAUGAAGCGAUACACCAGUGAAGGGAAAAUGUAA